AGGUAAAAAAAUAUAACCUCUGAACUAGUGUAGCCCAGAGCAGCCAGUUCAGCUAUAAACAACAGAUAUCAUGUGUUAUUUGGCACAGUCAGUAGAAAAAGCUGCUUUGCAAUUGUGAUCGCUGUUCAUCAGUUUCGCUAGUUUAAAUCAUUGUUAUUGUGACGAAGGAAGGAUUGACAGAGGAAUUGUGAACGAAUACGAAUUGUGAAAAAUAUGAAAGCCUUGCAAAUUCGGAGAUGUUUCAGUGGAUCGUUAAUAAGUCUUCAAAAUUCAUUCUCUAACAGAUUGUUUGAAGAUAGCAAGGUUGAUAGAAUAGAAAGAGCAAUAUCGACAAUUGAUUCUAAAGAUGUUAAGCAUCUUUCUAAUUUUAAAAAUAAUUGGUGGGACGAAAAUGGCCCAAUGAACCUCCUUCAUUUAUUCAAUCCAUUCAGAAUAGAGUUUGUAAGAAAAGGUCUGGCUAAUGCUGGAUUCAAAUUACAAAAUUCAGCUCUUCCGUUAGAAGGAGUCAAGAUUAUAGAUAUUGGCUGCGGUGGUGGCAUAUUGACUGAAAGUUUAGCCAGAGUAGGAGCACAUGUAACUGGGUUAGAUGUAUCCACAGAAUUGAUAGAUAUUGCUAACGAGCAUAUAAAAUUGGAUCCUACUAUAUUAGAGAGAGUAAAUUACAUUCAGACAAGUGUAGAAGAAUUUUCUUCGGAAAAUGAGAAAUUGUAUGAUGCUGUUAUAGCUUCUGAAGUCGUAGAACAUGUACAGAAUCCAGAAAUAUUUUUAAAAGAAUGUGUGAAACUUUUGAAACCUGGCGGAUCAAUUUUUAUAACAACACUAAACAAAACUUUAGUAUCUUGGUUUGGUGCUAUUGUACUAGCAGAAUAUAUUUUCAAUUUUAUACCACGUGGUACUCAUGAAUGGAAUAAGUUCAUUUCUCCAUAUCAAGUACAACAUAUAUUGGAUAAAUAUGGCUGUGAAACUAAAUUAAUUCAUGGAAUAAAAUUUAAUCCCUUAACGAAUCAGUGGUCUUGGUCAUCAUUUACAACUAUUCACUAUGGACUUCAUGCAAUCAAACAAAGGGAAAUAUGAAUUAAAUGGGAAAUUAAAAUAUGAUAGUUUUUGGAAAAUUAAAAUUUUUUUUUAUAAAAUACCAAA